UGCAACAGAACGCAGUCCCGGGGAAAGUGUCAGAACCAGUUCAGUAUCCGGGUGUCACUUUCCCUUUAAACUUUAGUUCCUAAACAAUGGCGGCUUUCAGUCUUAGGGCGGAGGUAACCUGCUCGGCGUGCCGGGAGAUCUACACCGACCCUGUAACCCUGCCCUGUGGCCAUAACUUCUGCCUAUGCUGUAUUGGGAGACAUUGGGACUGGCAGAAGGGGAUAGAGGAGGAUCCGUCCUGCCCUGAAUGCAUGAAAACAUACAGGAGACGCCCGGAACUGAACAGGAACCUGACUCUACGGAACAUAGCAGAGCGAUUCCGUCCUACUGACCCGGAGCAGGAAUGUUCUGGGAUAUUCUGCACUUACUGUGACUCCCCGGUACCCGCGGCUAAAUCCUGCCUGCACUGUGAGGCCUCUCUGUGUGAUUAUCAUGUGAGGGAGCACAGCCGGGCAGCAGAACAUGUACUUACUGACCCCACCGCUUCCUUUGGGCACAGAAAAUGCUCCGAACACAUGGAACUGCUGAGAUAUCACUGCACCGAGGAUGGGGCCUGUAUCUGUGCCACUGGCCUGCAGAGUGGAGAGCACAAGGAGCACAAGGUGGAGACGGUCAAUGAGGCCUCCAAGAAGAAGAAGGAAAAAUUAUGGAAUAUUCUUCUUCAGUUGUCCCUGUCGAGAAGGGAGGCUGAGAUACGAGCCCAGAGGCUGCAGGAGUGCAGUAGAGAUGUGGCACAAAAAGCAGCCGAUGAGACAGAGAGAGUCACUGCCCUGUUUAGGGUCAUCGGGGAACGGCUGGAAGCCCUAGAGAAGCGACUCCUGAGGGACAUCUCCUGGGAACAAGAGAAGGUUUCUCUCCAACUCAAUGAUCUGAUCCAACAGCUGGAGAUAAAGAAGGACGAGCUGUCCGGGAAGAUCCGUCACAUUGAGGAGUUGUGCAACAUGGGGGAUCCACUCACCGUCCUACGGGCAUCGGAAUCAGCCUUUAGUGAGGCUGAAUGGGGCGAUUAUGAGGAGAGACAUCUGGAUAGGGAAAUAAUCUCAGACACGUUGCUCUCAGGGUUAGCUGUUAUUGUUACUGGGAUGAAGGAGUGGUGGCUCUACGGGCAGAGGGCGAUGGAUCUGGUACUAGACACAAACACGGCGGCCAACGAUGUAUUGAUAUCACCAGAUCUGAAAACUGCCUCCUUUUCCAAAGCCAAGUUGUAUUGGCCAAAAACAUCGGCGAGAUUUGGGAAAUCCCAGGCUCUGGGCUGCAGGGGCUUUUCCUCCGGGCGCCGUUACUGGGAUGUCGAGGGCUGCGGGGAGUGGGCAGUAGGCGUGGCCUAUGCCAGUAUAGAGAGGCACGGAAGUCACUCCUGGAUUGGGUUCAAUGACAAGUCCUGGGGUUUGUGUGUCUGGGACAGUCGUUACUCAGUGAGACAUAAUAACGACGUUACUGAUAUAGCCCACGGGCCUUCCCCGGGCAGAAUCAGGAUCUCCUUGGACUGUGAAAUGGGUCUGCUGUCCUUCUAUGAGCUGAGUGAGCCAAUCAGGCACCUCCACACCUUCUCUGCCUCCUUCACUGAGCCCCUCCAUGCUGCAUUCUGGGUAGGCAUGGCUGAUGCUUGGGUGCGGAUCAUAAGCUAAGGGAUUUGAGGAGCCCUUGUCUGGUUUUGACCCAAACAGCCUGGUUUUUGGAAGGGCGGGUCAGAGACGGGGGUCUCCAAUGGCUGUCCUAGGGGGAAGGCCAAGAUGUCUGUGUCCAACUGUAUGAGAAGAGGCUGAUAAAGGGGAUUAAAUACAUAUUUUUCUCA